UUCAAGCGACGCCUCACCCUACUCUGGCCCUUGGUUGUGUACUCACGUGAUUUUUGCUUCUGCGACAGUAUGGUCUGUUGGUGUUAGGGAACGCUGAUUCCUUAUGGUCUCCUGAGAUACAGAGAAAAACGGAGUACACAAAGCAUUUGGUGAUCAAAAAGGUAUGGGCAGCAUAAUCUCAUUGACAAAAACUGACGAAAACCAAGAUUUUAGCACAGAGGGGGUAACCAAAGGUGUUGAAGAUGAUAUACCUGAUGAUGACUGCAUUCUGUCAGAAAAGAGAUUCAACCUAGACACAUUAAGUAUUUUGGAUAAAGUGUGUGAUCAUUCUGUUAAUGGGGAUAAUAAUUUCAUUAUGAACAAGGAAGUAAUGGAUAUAAAAGAGAAAAGUUUAUCAGACUGUGUUACGGCACUGCAAGGUCAACAAAGUGCAGAUCAUGUGAGUGAUGUUUCAACUGAGUGUGUGCCAGUUGCAGCGAACCUAGUAGACAAAGAUAUUAAUAACAAAAAUAUGGUUGAUCAAAUUAAUGAUAAACAUGGAAAAUCAUUUCCAAACAAACAAGGUAACCUUCCUGAAAGUGGAUUUGAUAAUACAAAUAAAAAAUGUCAAAUAAAAGAGGGAAGCUGUAAGUAUCCUCAUAAGGCCUCAGGUGAGAAAGCGUCUCAGAUCAAGCCAGAUGUUUUAAAAGAACAGUCAGAACUAAAUUCUAAUGCCAUGAUAACUGAUGAGAGAGUAGACUGCUCUCACAGUGUUACUGGGAAAAAUAAUGAGAACCAUGUUUACAAGAGGAGUGCUAUUAUUGAGGCCCUAAUGAACAUUUUGAGCAGGAACCAGAACCAAUUAGAAAACAAAAUGCCAACUGCUGGAGCUGUCACAACCAAUGUGAAAUCACAAACUGUUCCAUCCACUGUAACUCUCUCAAGUAAUACUAAAGCUAGCAAACUUGACAAGUCAUCGAUGACCCCAGACAGAUUAGUUUUUGAUGCUGGUCGAGUGAGGAAACAGUUGAAGUCUGGAGUUGAACGCGUGUUAUUACAGCUGGAGAAAUUAAAGGAAGCAUUAAAUAUUUUGCCAUUCAACAAUGAUAAUUCAUUUGCAUUGACUGCAUCUGAAAGACUGAAAAAUCAGAUAAAAGGGAUGACGACAGCUGUAACCCAAAUGUACCACAUUGUGUAUAACACGCCACAAAAGGACCUCAGUUUUUUGGACAUACUAUACCAGAUGGCAACACAGCUGAGUAAAGCCGAGGAAGAAAUACUGAAGAUUCGUGACACUACUGAAGAUUCUGUGACGUAUUUAUUACAUUUCCAGGAAAAACUUGACAGUUUGAGAGACGGUGAUAUGAAAGCAGAAGAUAGAAUCUCAAAUUAAAUUAAUUUUAUUUGUAAAUGAUGGACUUAUUCAAUUUCUCACCAGAAACACAGCAUCUACAGAUAAGAAAGUAUUCCAAUUAAGUAAGAAUUUCCUAUCUGUAAUGAGAUCAAUUACCAUUUUUAUGUACCACAUAGAGUUCAUUAAGCAGUUAGUAAAGUUUUAGAGAUAGCACUACUCUCAGGCACUGGCUGCAGGCAGUAACAAAAUGAGAUUACAGCUCCAUCUUGAAAAUGUUAGCAUUUUUUCCAGGUUCAUUGUGAACAGGUAACACUUAUUAAGCUAUAACAGAUCUCGUAUUUUGUCUUUAAAAUGGAAAAGAAUAAGAUCGAUUAGUAUCUCAAAGAACAAAAUUAUGAAUGAAGUUCAUCUGCAGAUGUAAUGAGAAAUUUACAACUGUAUACUCUGAGUCUAAUGUGCAUUAUGGGACUGACACUUGUCCAUAAAAAAAAAGUAAAAAUACCUUAUUUCACAUCUCUCUGAAAGUGUCAUUGAACAAAGCAGAGUACUUAAUUAAUAAUCAGCAGCACAUUUCAAGUUGUUAUGAUGGAAAUAUCAGGGAGCUGAGUGCUAUUGUGAGGGAAAUCUAAUUUAUUUCCUAAAUUAACCUCUACCUCGUACUUUUAGUUAGCUGUUUUUAUAUGGUAUAUUGUUUAAGAAAUGCACCUAAAAGAGCAUGAAAAUGGUUUCUUUUGGCAGGGACAACUAUUCUGUUUAAAUGCUAGCACAUAAGCCUAAUGUAAAUACCUGUGCUUCAAGAAUUUUAAUACCUGUGACUUAGUUGUAAUUUAUGCAUUUCUUGAAAACAAGGAGAUUGUUAGACCACACAGUUUGAAAAUGAGUA